UGUUAGCAUGGUGACUAGCACAAAGAGCUAGACGGGUUAUUUUCUAAUUAUUAGUAAAAAUUUAUGCAUUUCCAAAGAAUUAAAUUAAAACGCGUUUAAUUUUAGGCAUAUUUAACAUGUAGUUAAAUCACUGUGCGAAUUCUUCCGUAAAGUUGAAUCGGAAAUGGAAAAGACCCAGGACGUCAUAGAGCGGACAUGAGAGCGUCAACUGUUCGUCCUGUACCUGCAGACAACCCAUCAAACCUCACGCCAUGUCCCAUCUCACAGCCAUGUCACGGACCCACGAGGCGUCGACCGAGUCCUGAGGCCCACUCAUGCCCGUGAUCCCCAUCCCGAGGCGGGCGCGCUCCUUUCACGGCCCCCACAGCACGUGCAUGCACUCUGCCUGUGUCCCGGCGCGCACCUCCCAGCUGCUGCGCACAAACUACAGCAACUUCGACCUGUACCUGAAGUCGCGCUUGACCUACGGCUUCGUGCGCUUCCUCCUCUACUUCGGCUGCAGCCUGUUCACGUCGCUGCUGUGGCUGGUGCUCGCGACGCUGCUGUGCGUCGAGUAUGUGUGCGCUCGCAUCCUCCUGCGUCUCCAGUACAAACUUUCAGUCAUCCUGCUGCUGCUGGGACAUCGCCGGCUGGACUUCGGCGUCCUGAACGAGAUCUUCAUCCACAGCAUGCACAUCACCAUGUUCCUGGUGGGAGGACUCGGGUGGUGCUUUAUGGUCUUUGUAGAUAUGUAGAGAGAGAGAGAGAGGGGAAAAUGCAGAAAGCAACAUUUACGCGACGUACUUCCUGCGCAGAGUGUAGUCGAUCAGCCGAGACAUGUUUGGCGUGUGAGGUUCAUGUCAAGUCUCUGAGACUAAUGCAGAAAACUUAUUGAAAGUCUGAGACAGUUAUUCAUAUAUAUGUCUCAAAUCCCAAUCCGUAUUAACUAUGGGCUCAAAUUUCAUACAAACACAUCACACUGUAUGACACACAUCUGAUUCAGAUUUAAUCCAUUACAUUUUUCUUUACAGCACUGAAACAUAUAUUUUAUUCACAUUUUAAAGUUUUAGUAAGUUUCCAUCUUUAAAAUAAAUGGACUGGGCUUAAGAAGCCACCACUGAAAAUCCGAUCAGACUUUCCAUUGUGAGUUAUCUACAUUACCUUCGUGGCUCCAGUGCAAGUCACAAAGACACACACGCACACAAACACGUCUUGGCCGAUUGAAUAAAUUUGGCGUAAAGGGGAAGAUUGUGUCAUAUUUUUUAUUAUCAUUUUUUUUCUUACUGAACUAUUCUUUUAAACACUUGAAACAUGACACUAAGUAAUAAUACUGUGCCAAUGGUUUACUGCAUGACAAAAGCAAAUGAAGUUUUAAUUGUAAUUUGCUCUGUGAGUUCGUUGAAAAAAAGAAAAAAAAAAUUUCACGUUCUAUACGUUAUUUCCAUAUUGUGCCCAUUGUGUGCGUCAUGUUAAAAGUGCCGCCGGCGUAAUAUUCAUUGUUAACCUCAAAGCAGAAAUUGUAGCUUUAAAAGACAAGAGUGGGGCGGAAAUACAGACUGAAAAGGAAAUGAGUUGUGCAGAAUCAUUUUUGCAAAAAGUGAUGUAGCGUACUAAUGCAUUUUGAAGAAUGUAUGUAAAGGUUCGGGGGGGGCAAUUACGAAAAGAUCGCUGGUGAUUCGAGAACUAUUAUUUGGAUGGAAUUAGUUUUAUAAUCAGCGUCGGGAUGACUUCUGGAGUCAUUAUGAUUGUGUCAUGUGUACUACUUACAAACACACACAGUUGAUUUAAAGUCAAACUGCACAGGCUGUAUGUACAAGCUGAUCAGUAGUACUGUAGGUCACAUGAAAUCCCAGAGAUACUCUGGUGAUAAUUAACUCACGCACCUCUUGAUGUAAAACUAAUCCCGUCCAAAUAAGACUUUCAUGACUUUUUAGCUAUUUUAUUAAAAAUAAUAACUGGAAGGACUAGAUUAAUUUCUGAGGUAAGUGGUUGCAUAAUUUUUUUUUUCACCAGGCUCUUCCUUUAAGUGAAGAAAGUGUCAUGUGCGUCCCUUUUCUUUCUUCCUUUUAAUAACAUCACAUGGGAAGUUUAGUACGCCUUUUGAUGCUAAGCAGACCGUGAGUCUGACGCCUCACGCCGGGCAUGAAAGAAAAACCGCUUCACACAAUCCGCUAUUGUUAGAGGAUCAGAGCGUCAUAUGCCUCAUGCUUGGCUGGACGCUUUCUUUUGUUCCCUUAAACGAAGAAGGACGUUGGGUCCAACAGGGUGAAACGUCCCAUCAUCCUCACACAUCCUCUGAUGAACACGUGAUCCUCGCUGGUGUGUCUCUGCUGUGCCAUGUUUAAUAAUCAUUAAUCUGUUCGUUUUAUCCGUUCACCAAGUUUACUGGAGCCUCAGGAACUGCAUUUUUUUUUUUUUUUUUUAUAAAUUGACUUGAAGCUGAAAAUAGUUUGCAUUUCUAUAAUUGCAGUUUCAACCACAUAGUUCUCUAUAACACCAACUUGUUACUGUAAGUGCUAAGCGAUAUGAUAAGAAAUAUUAUAUCACAAUACUUUUUCUGUAAUAAACGAUAUGUUUUCUGAGACGUGUUCAAUAACAAACUGCAGUCAAAAGUGUAACGCUGCAUUAAAAUAUCCUGUAAAAACUUCGUCUGUUGAAACAUUUUGUUAUAUAAAAAUAUAAAAAUGUGAUACAAAAUUUAACAUCAAAUCAGCUACAUUUUGUUCAGA